AAUUUGCAAAAACAGACUAUUAAUUUUGAAAAGUAAAACUUCAUUUUUGGAUAAUCAUAAGCCAAGCACUAUAAUAUUUUUCUUAUCUAAAAAAUCUUCUAGAAAAAUCGACUAAAACAAUGUGUGGAUAUCCGGUAAUGUCCACCACCCGUGAUUAACAAAACCAAAUUGUAUUAAUGAACUUGGCUUUAAUGCUUUUUAAAAUAUUUAUAUCGUUUUACCCCUUUCAAUGGUUAUAGACCAUAGGUUAUAUAAACAAAUUGCAUAGGAAAAUGCAUCUGCUUGCUUCUGAAGCGUUACUCUUUUACUUAUAAGACAUCAUCACACAUCACACAUCAAAAAGUUAGGAAAAUUUACAUAUCAAAAGCCCAGCAAGCAAGCCACAUGACUCUUUGUUUCCUCUCUGAUAUGAUCUUAAAUUGAAAACAAAAAAAAAGGUGAUUAAUAUUUAGUGAAAAAAUAUCUCUUUGCUUUGUUCAUAUUGUUUCUUGAGGAUUUGAAUAGAUCAUCACAAUACACCAAACAUGGACCUGUAGAUCUAAUUCCCAAUAUACCCUUUUCUUCUUCCUUCAUCCUUUGAUUUUGUGGCUUUUUUCUCUGGGAAUAUAGAAAAGUUAAGUAAUGGGGACAGAGCUGAUGAGAAUCUGUGUGAAGGAAGAAAGUGAUGAGUUGCCAUCUGUUCCUCCUGGGUUUGAAUCAUAUGCUACUUUCACCUUAAAAAGAGUUGUCCCUGACCCUGGUGCUGCUAUGGAAAGUGUUUCUUCUGUAUCAAAUCAAGGUGAGAUGGAGAUUGAAUCUGAUGAAGCCAAAGCUGCUCGGUCUCUACGGCGUAGACCUUGGAUUAACUAUGAUGAUGAUAGCAAUGCCUUGUCUCAAAAUCUUGAUCAAACUUGUGGAGUGAAGCCUUCUCUACCUAAGGGUGUGACCAGAGGAUGUGCAGAAUGUAAUGACUGCCAAAAGGUAACUGCGAGAUGGCAACCAGAUGAAGCUCGAAGGCCUGACCUUGAAGAUGCCCCUAUAUUCCACCCUACCGAAGAGGAGUUUGAAGAUACUUUGAGCUAUAUAGCUAAAAUAAGACCAAAGGCUGAGAAGUAUGGAAUCUGCCGCAUUGUUCCUCCUCCUUCCUGGAAACCCCCUUGCCCGCUGAAAGAAAAGCAAGUAUGGGAAGGUUCUAAAUUCACCACACGCGUCCAAAGAGUGGAUAAGCUUCAGAACCGAAGCUCUAUGAAGAAGGUUUCAAAGCUUUCUAAUCAAAUGAGAAGGAAGAAGAGGAAGUGCAUGAAAAUGGGAAUGGAUCCUGGCUCCGCAAGCCCAGAAAUGAGUGAGCUUGAGACGUUUGGGUUCGAACCUGGUCCAGGGUUCACUCUAAAAGACUUCAAAAAGUAUGCUGACGAGUUCAAGGCUCAGUACUUUAAAAAGAGUGAAACAUCUACGGACAGUGAAUGUACAUGGGAGCCAGCGGUUGAGGAUGUUGAAGGUGAAUAUUGGCGGAUUGUAGAUAAAGCUACCGAAGAGAUAGAGGUGCUGUAUGGUGCUGACCUUGAAACUGGGGUAUUUGGUAGUGGUUUUCCCAAGAUAUCAUCUAGUCACGAGGCUGCUUCUUCUUCAGAAGAAAAAUAUGCAAAAUCAGGCUGGAACUUAAAUAAUUUCUCAAGGCUUCCAGGAUCACUUCUUAAGCAUGAGGGAAGUGAUAUCUCUGGUGUUCUUGUACCGUGGUUGUAUAUUGGGAUGUGCUUUUCUUCUUUCUGCUGGCAUGUUGAAGAUCACCACUUGUAUUCGAUGAAUUACAUGCACUGGGGUGCACCAAAACUGUGGUACGGUGUUGCGGGGAAGGAUGCUGUUAAGCUAGAGGAGGCGAUGAGAAAGCAUUUGCCUGACCUUUUCGAAGAACAGCCUGAUUUGCUUCACAAGCUAGUUACACAACUCUCCCCAUCAAAACUGAAAACCGCAGGAGUACCUGUGCACCGUUGCGUCCAGCAUGCUGGAGAGUUUGUCUUGACUUUCCCUCGGGCAUAUCAUGCUGGAUUCAACUGUGGUUUCAACUGUGCCGAAGCUGUGAAUGUCGCACCGGUUGACUGGCUGCCUCAUGGGCAGAUUGCUAUAGAGUUAUACUGCCAACAGGGUAGAAAAACGUCAAUCUCGCAUGAUAAACUCUUGCUUGGGGCAGCAAGAGAAGUAGUGAAAGCCGACUGGGAGCUUAACUUGCUAAAGAAGAAUACAAUAGAUAACUUGUGGUGGAAAGAGUUUAGUGGAAAGGAUGGGAUCUUGGCCGCAACACUCAAGGCACGCAUUGACAUGGAACGAACAAGAAGAGAGGUUCUGUGCAGCUCUUCACUUGCGUUGAAGAUGCAUAGUAAUUUUGAUGCUACCAACGAGAGAGAGUGUUGUAUAUGCUUCUUUGAUUUGCACCUGUCCGCUGCUGGUUGCCGUUGUUCCCCGGAGAAGUAUUCAUGUUUGACUCAUGUGAAGCAGUUGUGUUCCUGUCCGUGGGUCGCUAAAUAUUAUCUGUUUCGCUAUGAUAUGGAUGAACUGAAUGUUCUUCUUGAGGCUGUGGAAGGAAAACUUAGUUCUGUGUAUAGAUGGGCGCGUCAAGAUUUGGGAUUGGCUUUAAGUGAACACCUCUCAGGAAGCAAGAUGGAGACUAGUGAGGAAGAACCACAAGCAGGUGCACUUUUAGGGAAAGAUUUACAGUUAAAAGUAACAUCGAGAGAAGAUCUAAGUAGAGGGUUAGAAAAGACGUUACUUCUGAAAGUCAAGGAGGAGCAAUUAACACCAAGCCACUGUAUGAAGCCAGUCAAAGAAGAAGAAAGCAUCUCUAUGACUGCCGCUAAGUCCACAAGUGGAAAAAAGAGUUCACAGAGUGUACCUGAUGAUGUGAUACUCCUAAGUGAUGAUGAGCAUGACAUACCUAGGAAACAAGUUUCUGAGAAAAGAGAUGCAGUUUCGUCUGGAAAGCAUUUGAAAAUACAGGAGAGACCAACCCACGUUUUAGCGUUAGAAGCUCCUAGUAAAACUGCUGCUCCCAUGAUAGAAAAGCAAGCAAAUUCUUUGCCUGAUAGACAAAUCACUAUGCCAUUGCCUACUAAUGACCAAAGAGCAGUGCAAGGGGAUGUUACAAGUUCUGUAUCGCAUGCUGAAGUUAAUGCCGUAGCUGAUGGACUUGCUCAUAAUACCAGCAACCAAGAUGGUGUAAACCCUACUAGCUCUAAAUCCAAAAUCUCUGGAGGUUUGGCUAUACAGGAAGUGGUUGAUGGGAUAAGAAGUACCUCUGGUACACCGUCUUGUUCGCAAAACAAUAGUCCGGAUAGGAUCAUCCGCCAAAAGGGUCCACGUAUAGCAAAAGUUGUGAGGAGAAUCAAUUGCAAUGUAGAGCCUCUAAACUAUGGGUGUGUGCUUUCUGGAAAAUCAUGGUGCAACCGCCGAGCAAUUUUCCCUAAAGGGUUUCGUAGUCGGGUCAAGUACAUAAACGUUUUGGAUCCGACGAGGAUGAGCUUCUACGUUUCAGAGAUUCUUGAUACUGGACGCAACAGUCCAUUGUUCAUGGUUUACUUGGAGGGUGUUCCCAGUGAGGUGUUUGCUCACUUGUCGCCUACAAGAUGCUGGGAGAUGGUAAGAGAUAGAGUAAAUCAAGAGAUAAGUAAGCAGCACAAAGCUGGUAAGCUAGAUCUUCCUCCUCUGCAGCCAUCUGGGAGUCCUGACGGUUUUGAAAUGUUUGGAUACACGUCACCUGCAAUCCUACAGGCUAUUGAAGCAUUAGACGUGAAUAGAGUUUGCACAGAGUAUUGGGACUCCAGGCCUUACUCGCGGCCACAGGUUCAGUUCCCUGCAAAUGCUCUUCUUCUCAGAGAAGCCAACACAAGCAUACAAUCAUCGGAUGUGAGAAAUCUCCAGAAAGCUCCCAGACAACGUCUAUUACCUGCUGGAACGAAGUCUAAUCUCAAAGUUCUGCUCAAGAAGGCUAACAUGGAGGAACUGAGCUCACUUCAAGAGGUUUUAAGUGAGUCUAACAUAGAUUUGGUGACCGAACUUGUGAAGGAAGAGAUCCAGAAGCGGGGCUGAUUUAGUUGGAAGGAGAUUGGUUUUAGUGUGUACAUACAGAGUUUGAUGAGGCUCCCUGCAGGUUCUUUUUUGGACACCCUUACACAGGAAACAGAGAAACAUAUAACCAAAAAACUCUGUUUGUUCUUCCGUCUCUUGAAACAACAACACAAAGAGGAGAAAGAAAGAAAAGAAGACUUUAAAGGCUCUUGAAACCUUUAGUUUUAGACUUCAGUCACUAGUGGGAACUACAACAAGAUUCAUGUGUGGAUUGGUUUCACAUCACACGCUAGUAUUGACAUCUAUUUUGAAAGUCCAAAGUACAUUGAAUUGAAAGAGAUUAUCAAAAAAUUACUUCAGAUAA